AUGGCCUGCCGGCCGCGAAGCCCUUCCCGGUACGGCGACGGCAGCAGCUCGCGUUCCCCGAGCCGAUGGUCCCUGGGGCGGAAGCGCCGAGCCGACGGGAAGCGCCGGAAGCCGGAGGACUGCGAGCCUCCCGUGUCUGCCGACGACCACGACCACGAGCGCAGGCGCCCGGACCACCGGCUGGAGAGCUUCACCACACCUGAAGGCCCUAAGCCCCGUUCUAGAUGCUCAGACUGGGGAAGUGCAGUUGAAGAAGAUGAAAUGAGAACCAGAGUGAAUAAAGAAAUUGCAAGAUAUAAACGGAAACUUCUCAUUAAUGACUUUGGAAGAGAGAGGAGGUCAUCCUCUGGAAGUUCUGAUUCAAAGGAGUCCGUGUCUGCAGUGCCGGCAGACCUAGAGACAGACGAGAGUGUGCUCAUGAGAAGACAGAAGCAAAUCAACUAUGGGAAGAACACCAUUGCCUACGAUCGCUACAUUAAAGAAGUUCCAAGACACCUCCGACAGCCUGGCGUUCACCCCAAGACCCCCAACAAGUUUAAGAAGUACAGCCGGCGGUCGUGGGACCAGCAGAUCAGACUCUGGAAGGUGGCACUGCACUACUGGGACCCUCCUGCCGAGGAGGGCUGUGACCUGCAGGACAUACACCCCGUAGACCUGGGUGAGAUGGAGAUGGAAUCGGCAGAGAGCAGCUCUGAGUCCCAGGCGAGCUCACAGGACAACUUUAUUCAGGAUGUUCUGGACGAGGCCUCGAUGUGCUCAUCAUGCCCCGGAAGUGCAGCGUUGCUCAAACACUGCUGUCCAGUGGAGGCCUGGCCCCCGUUUUCAGGGGGUGAAGCAGUCUCAGGAACAGCCCAGAUUGUGGUCUCCCGCUUGUCCCAGUAA